AUGCCAGCCUCUGAAGGCACGUUGAACGGAGAAUCAGUUGUAGUCCUCAAGGACACGGGUAGCAAUACUGUGGUAGUCAAACGGCAAUUGGUGCCAUCCGAAGCGUUCACUGGCACAGAAGGGCCAAUAUACCUUGUCGACGGAUCAUGUCAGACACUACAAGAAGCUAAAGUGCAGGUGUCAUGUCCGUACUACAGCGGCACAGUCCGAGCCAAGACGCAGAAUGGGUUCACGGAGCUCGAAGAAAACAAUGUUUCAACCGAUCGAGUGCCCACCAGCAAGGAAAAAGUUGUGCCUAGCAUAGCACCGGCGAGAAGGGAGGUUUGGAGAGACGAUCUGAGUCAGCGUCAGAAACUCCACCCUACUUUGGCAGUGGUGGUACCGCAAGACCUGCGACCCUACAUCCUGAAAGUGGCUCACGAAGGAACAAUGGCAGGCCACCAGGGCAUCAAGAUGGCAGAUCGCGUCCUGGAAGCUUUCUUUUGGCCAGGAGUGGAAGAACAAAUCAAGCGAUUUGUAAAUCCUUGUCAAAAAUGCCAGAGAGUGACCUCCAAGGGGAAGAUAGCAAAAGCAUCGCUUGGAAACAUGUCGAUAAUCGAAACGCCAUUCGAGUGCGUCGCAAUCGACUUGAUUGGACCUUUCUCGCAAUCAUCAGACACGGGAAACCGCUUAACUUUGACCAUGGUUGACUGUGAUACAAGAUAUCCCGAUACAGUGGCGCUUCCAUCGAUGGACUCCAAAACCAUGGCCGAGGGCUUGAUCCAGAUGUUUUCGCGCGUUGGAGUACCACAGGAAAUACUUAGCGAGCAGGCUCCAUUGUUCCCUUCAGCCUUGAUGAACAAGGUAUCCUGCCUCUUGUCCAUACAACAGCUAACCACCACCCCAUAUCAUCCCAUGUGCAACGGGGAUGGCGGAGAAGUUUAA